AUGAUAACAGGACACAAUGCCUCGACUAUUAAAGCUAUAUAUUAAGUUUAUAAGAAACAGGGUCGGAUAAAUAAGAAAGUUAAAAGGGAUAAGGUUUUGAAUUCAACAUUUCAAUUUAUGUUAUUUGUAGCUGAUGAUCCGCACGCAAACCUGUCGAAAAUAAGUGUGGAGUAAUAUGAAUUCUAAAAGCAAAUUGCAGAAGAACAGCAAAUGAAUUUAUCAAAUAGCCAUGAAUAAGCCAUAACAAGAAUAUUAGAAUAAAAUAAACUCAAAAUUAUGAACCUUCUGGAUAAUUCAACAGCCCUAGAUACAUUUAAUUAAGAAAUGAAAAUGAUUUCUUCCUAGGAUCACCCCAGUCAGUAAUUCUCUACUUUAAACCUUUCAUGUUUUAGUUGUAAUGAGAAGAAUUAGCCCUCUUUUUUAAUGAACAAAAAUACGCAAUUUUUGCCAGACCUUAUCUCUGAAAAUCAAGAAUAUGUUGAAGAUGAUGGAAAAAAUAAGUUAAAAAUUCUGAAAAAACUUAAUGAAUAAUAUAGAUAAAUGAAAAUGUGA